AUCUUUAAUGCAGACUCUGCUUUUGGUUUGUAAUGGAAGUCGUUUCAUCAGUCGAUUUGUAAUUAGGAUUUCUGGGUACAGAAACGAAUUCUGAAAGAUGUCUGAUGGACGGCGUCAUUCUGUUGAUAUCCCUCUCUCUAAAACUCUUGUAGCACUAAGAAGAGUUCGAUCACUAAGAGAUCCAUCAACAAACUGUACCAGCAAAUUCUCUGCUUUUGUCGACAAUGUGGGCUGGGAAACCAAUUCUUGCCGUGGUCUGGUGAACGAUUGCCAUGUAGGUGACCUAAAGAAUCACAAUUUUCAUGAGUCCCGAAACUUCGGUUUAGAUAGAAGGAAAGUGGAGUUUGAUAGUGAUCCUGAAUUGAGUUUUAGUUCGAGAAUAUCUGGUUGCAAGUCAGUUUCAUCAAAGAAAUCACCUCACUUGGGAAAUAGAAGCUCGGAUUUGGCAAUGCCUAGAAAGUUUGAUGAGAGGGGACAUUCUAAAUCAAAUUGUGAUGGGAUCCACCGGAACAAAUCAUUUAGUGAAAGACAUGUCAGUAAUCAUGGGGACAAAAUAUUAGAUUUGACAUGUGUCCCAACUUCCAGCAAUCAUAUGGAGCAUGUAGAUUCAUAUAACAAACCGACUUUAGGAUCAGCACUGUCAGAAAGAAUUGAUCCUUCUGUAAAAAGGAAACCUGGAUGUGUUUCAAGAACAGAAUCAUCUCUAGCAGAAGCAGAUGUGGUGGGGAGUUGUGCAAGUAGUCCAAAUCCAACUGUAAGCGAUGCCCGGAUGGAAGGUUCAAGCUGUAGCACAUCACUUUUUGGAAAUGAAGAGGCGGAUCUUGUGGAUCGCUAUCACCGUGGAUGUGGGAUUAGUUGUUGCUGGUCAAGAACCCCAAGGUUGAGGGAAUUAAGUCUUGCUUCUGAGUUUGAAGAUCAUCCCUUGUUAUUGAGGGAAGGUGGGGAGAUGAAUCCAUCUGGACAAGAACAGUGCUACUCAUAUCUUAAGAGAGAAAUUGCUCCUCAUUCUGACAGUCCAAGUAACUUCUGUCAGAAAUUCAGGCCAAGGUCUUUCAAUGAUUUGGUAGGACAGCAUGUAGUAGCACAGUCUCUCCUGAAUGCUAUUUUGAAAGGAAGAAUCACCCCCUUUUAUCUCUUCCAUGGACCCCAUGGUACCGGUAAGACUUCGACCUCUAGGAUCUUUGCAGCAGCACUGAAUUGCCUUUCCCUGGAAGAGAAUAGGCCAUGCGGAUCAUGUCGAGAAUGUUUGUUCUUUUUCUCUGGAAGGAGCAGAGAUGUGAAGGAAGUGGAUCCCAUUAGAACCAAUCGGAGGGAUAGGGUUAGGUCCCUCCUUAAGAGUGCAGUACUUCCACCAGUUUCGUCACGGUUUAAGGUCUUCAUCAUUGAUGAGUGCCAGUUGCUCAGAGGGGAAAUAUGGGCAACCAUUUUGAAUAGCCUGGAGGAUCUUCCCCGGCAUGUUGUCUUUAUAAUGAUCACUGCUGACCUGGAUAAGUUACCACGUUCUGUUGUAUCUCAUUCCCAAAGAUAUCACUUUCCAAAGAUAAAGGAUGCUGAUAUUGCAAAUAUGUUGACAAAAAUAUGUGUUGAAGAAGAUUUGGAUUUUGACAAGGUUGUGUUGGAGUUCAUUGCCACCAAAGCUAAUGGUUCUCUUCGAGAUGCAGAGAUGAUGCUUGAUCAGCUGAGUUUACUUGGGAAAAGAAUCACAAUAUCACUGGCCUAUGAACUUAUUGGAAUUGUUUCUGAUGAUGAACUGCUUGAUUUGCUCGAUUUGGCUUUGUCCUCUGACACUUCAAAUACAGUUAGAAGGGCUAGGGAGCUUAUGAAGUCGAGGGUUGAUCCUAUGCAGUUGAUUUCUCAGCUUGCAAAUCUCAUCAUGGACAUUCUUGCUGGAAGAGGCCAGGCUGGAAGUUCCGAGAAUAGAAGAAACUUUUUUGGAAGGGAUACUUCGGAAGCAAACUUACAAAAGUUGAGGCAUGCCUUAAAAAUACUUUCUGAAACUGAGAAACAGUUGAGGUCAUCAAAGAAUCAAACAACUUGGCUAACAGUUGCACUUCUUCAAUUAAGUUCUGUAGAAUCGUCAUCAUUGGAUGUAAAUGAUUCAAGAGUGUACCUGAGAACAGCAAGUGAGAGAGAUGAUGGCUUUGGCAGCAAAUCUUCCACUAGAGAGAUUUUGAAACAUCCUGUCUCUUGUUUGUGCAAUGAAGAUAAGUCCCAUAAUUCAGUGACGCAUGGAGAUUUUAAAGAGAAGCUAGAUACCAUUUGGAGGAGAGUCAUAGAAAACUGCCACCCAAAUACACUGAAGAGCUUUUUACAGAAAAAAGGGAGGUUGGCUUCUGUUUGUAUCAACCAAGGUCUGGCAAUAGCUGAAGUGGAAUUCUAUCAUCCUGAUCAGGUGUCCAGGGCAGAAAAAUCAUGUAAACUGAUUGCUAGUUCACUUCAACAUGUACUGGGGUGUAAUGUAGAGAUUAGAUUCAAUCUUGUUCCUUGUACUGCAACAAAUACUGCUAAAAUGAAAAAGCAGUCUUUGUGUUUGUUGUAUUGCUUCCGUGGGAUGCAAGACAAAUCACGUUCAAGCUCGGAAGAUCUGAAUGACCGAUUAGAUGAUUCUGAUUUCACUCCUGGAAGAGUUAGAAGAGAGGAAAAGUCAAUUGACACUUGCUCUGAUUCUCAGUCCCAGUACUCAAUUAUCUGCCCUCAUAGCAACAAAGCAGCCAGUGCCUCUAGAAAUAGUGAAUUAACUUCCCAGGGCACUGGGAUUUUCUCACUGCACAGAUCGGUGCAACAUGAUACACAAAAGGUGUCUCAUUUAAGAGUUGGCUUGUCUGAGGAAGAGGGAAGCAACCAAGAGUGUCAGGUUUUUGCUAUUGAAGAACCUGGGAAUCAGCUGAGCUGCUUCUCAAAGACUCUGAGGCUUCAUCAAAGGUUACGUUCAUCUAGUUCUUUGCAGACUAUUUGUUUGGAGAUCCCACCAGACAACAAACUUGAAUUGUCUAUACCUCAGAAGACAAAUUUUUGUGCAAGUGAUCCUUGUACUCUCCGCUCCGGUUCCAGCACCUACAAUUACAGCUCCGGGGAUGUGCAUAGCCGGAGGGAGGAAUCAAGGGUGAGCUCGAAGAUACAUUGCUGGGGAGCUCCCAAGUUUCCCUUUAGAAAGGUAAUGCUAUGCACCUCCAUUGUGAAACUAUAUAUCUAGUUGGAAGAGCAGUUCUUACCUAGAUG